AUGCUUUCUCAUCAAAUCAAGAAAAGUGCUUUUUCACUCCGACAAGCAUUCAGCCUUUCUGUUACUCACACAGGCAAAUCCUCACUUUUCCAAUUAGGAGGAUCAGUGGCAACCUCUUUCAACAGAAGAGAAUAUUCAACUACCUCCAGUAUUGUUGACAAGUUACAGCUCGGAAAAUUAAAUCAUGUUGCCAUUGCUGUUCCCGAUCUUGAAAAAGCUGCUGCGUUCUAUAGAGAUGUUCUUCAAGCAAAGAAAGUGAGUGAGCCCCAGACUCUUCCAGAACAUGGAGUAACUGUUGUUUUUGUUGAAUUGGACAACACAAAAUUCGAAUUGUUGUAUCCAUACGGAGAAAAAUCGCCAAUUGCUGGUUUUCUUGCAAAAAAUCCAUCUGGCGGAAUGCAUCAUGUGUGUAUCGAAGUUGCCGAUAUCAAAAAAGCUCUAGCUGACGUGGUUGGAAAGGGAAUUCGUAGUUUAGACAAGGAACCAAAGAUCGGAGCACAUGGAAAGCCGGUCGUUUUUCUUCAUCCAAAAGAUUGUGGGGGUGUUUUGAUUGAGUUGGAACAAGAAUAA